AUGAUCCAUCUAACACCUGUACAUGAGCUUGGAGUAUCAGACAGUGCCUAUUCUAUCAGUAAUCAUCAUGCAUUGAUCAAAACAAUUCAUGAGCCAGAUCGGCAGGUGACGAUGAAAGAUGUGUCGGAUUUCGUAACGAAAGUCGAAAGAGAGUGGGAAAUGCUGACUGUACAGGAUGUGGUAUGGAAUCAUGCCGCGAAAAAUGCACAGUGGUUGCUGGUGAGUUUACAGAUACAGAGACAAAUACCUCGACUUCAAUAUAAAGAAAAUUCUUGCUAAAA